UUCUUCAGCGUUUGCGACCCUGUAGUCAUGAUACUUUUAAUUCUACUCUUCCCUGUUGCGUCGUCCUUCCUGUACCUGGCUGGAGCUUCAGGAGAAUCGUGCCCUCCGAGUUCCCAGGAUCACGCCGGCCCGUUCGGUCUCGACCUUACAGCUUUCGAUCGUUCGUACGGAGGCACCCUAUACUACAUUGGUGGGAGACCUUAUACACUGACUCUGUCAGGAUCAGGAGGUGAGCAGUUCAGAGGAUUUCUAGUACAGGCCAGAGCUGUGGCAGAUGGUUCUCCCGUUGGUACCUUCACUGAUAAUGGAGGCUACCAGGUCUUCAGUUCUUGCACUCCUUCUGAGUCGGCAGUGACUGAAUCAAGUCAAGAACUCCAGUCAAUGGUGUCUCUCAACUGGACAGCUCCAUCCCAAGACACUGGGCCCCUCUACUUACUGUUUGCAGUGGCAGGUGAGAGUGUAGGGAGAAGUGUUUUCUGGGCCACGGCUGUCACAGACACACUUCACCUUCCCAGUGACUAUGAUUUGAUGUUCAAUGCCACCCAAUACUUUGCCCAUUUGAACUCCGAGACUCCUAUCAACAGUGUGGUGUUCUACAUGCAGCUCAGCAUCAAUCUCAACAGCAUCUCUCUGCCCGAUGUCACUUCUCUCAACUUCCGUCUUUCCCAGUCGCAGCUGGUGCAGAACCUCUUUGAGUUUCAGGGUGGAACCAGUGAGAAUCAGAUUGAGGCAGUGGACCACAUACAGAUGAUUGACUCCAACACUGCCAGAGUGGGUGCUGCUAUAAUUCUGGUAGCCCAUCCACCGGACACGUACUAUCCAAUUGACAUACACAUGACAAUUAGAGCACUGCUGGUAUCUGCUACUGGUGGCUCAGUCAUCGAAACUUCGCAAGCCACAGGCAGCAUUGUGCGUGCUACAGGUGCAUGUGACUUUGUUACUUGUCAAAAUGGAGGGACAUGCGAGGACACAAACAGUACUCAUUUCACUUGCCAGUGUAUACAGGGCUACACUGGAGAGACCUGUGGUGAACUGAUUGACCUGUGCCAGAUAUUACAACCUUGCAUCAAUGGAAUAUGCACCAGCAUUGGUGGCUUGAGCUACAACUGUGACUGUUACCCAGGCUAUACUGGUCAUAGCUGCAGCGAACACGUUUGUCAAGACGUCGAGUGCAACAACGGAAUUUGUGUGUCUUAUGGGUGGAGCGUGUCAUGUAGAUGUGAUGCUGGGUAUACUGGGACCUACUGUGAAACCGAACUAAGCAACUAUCGCGAGUGUAAUGAGACUGGUAACUGGACUAAACUUAAUGCUAGUUUGGGUAUAUUCGAUUGUGAAUGUCUACCAGGGUGGACAGGGGGGUUGUGCGAGACCAAACUACUCAACUGCAGUUCCGACAACUGUGACAGUGGUGGAAAGGCUGAUGGCGAGGGAGACUGGUCAUGUCCUCCAGGAUGGACUGGAACCUAUUGCGAAACUCGGAUCAAUAUCUGCGAUGAAAAUCCAUGCCUCAACAAUGCAACAUGUGUCGAUGGCUGUCAAACAGAUGAUGGGUGUCCCAGUGGAGCCUACAUGUGCCAGUGUCCUCUAGGUUUCACAGGAGAUACAUGCCACGAGGAUGACCCUGCAAUUACCUUCUGCCAGCCUAGCAGCUGUGACAAUUCUGGGACUUGCGUUGAAGGAUAUGGACCACAGAUAUCUUGUACCUGCACCAAAGAGUACACUGGGACGAAAUGUACUGAGCUGGUAGACCCAUGCUCUUCAACUCCUUCAGUUCUCAGUGAAAACAUUAUACUGGCCAUCAUUUGUGCCGUGACUGUUGUCAUCAUCAUGGGAAUGAUAGGGUGUCCCACUGCCCUGGUGCUAAUUCUUCGCUACAGGGCUAAAACACCAGAGCGCCCUUCAAAUAAUCUGAGAAGGAGGUUAGUGAGCGAGACCAGCAGUGUCUUCUCCAACAACGACGUCGACAAUGCGAUCUAUUUACAGGUCGGUCCCUCCGACAAGUGCAGUUGCAAGCGAUCAGAGCAGAUGCCCGAGGAGGUACCCGAGCACUAGCCCCCUCUUCCCCCCGAGCCGCGAGCCGUCCGGUUCAUUCACCUUCUCCUCUGACGCCGGCUCUCCGCCGCACCUAACGCGAAGUCGACAUACCUCCACCAGUAGCCAGUUCUGGACGGAGGACACGCUGGGGCGCGGCUGCAGCUUCAUGAGCCACUCCACCUCGGUCAGCGACUACGAACAGCCGGUGCAGAGCAUGCAAAGAUUUUUGUUGAGCUCUCACGAUCGACCGUCGGCGGGAAAGAAUCGCCCGUGCGAAACGGUUUGCUGACUUUUAUACGCAUGCGCACAGCAGACACCAACAAUCUUUUCCCGCAGAGCUCAUUACACACCAAUCAACACUCUAUAACG